AUGACCUCAUUCCGUCAACAUGUCCACAUCGGCGGCUCCAAGUCCAAGCAGAAGCGCGGUGCUCUAGCUGACUUCUGCGACAAUGUCACCCGUGAUGGCGCUGCAGAUAGCCCGCAAAAAUAUACACCCACCAAGGACACAAUGUCAUCUCCUGGAGGACUUGUGAGGAAGCUCAGUCUGGGGAGGAACUUGGUCGGCUCCAUACGCAGUAUGACUACUACGAAGCACACCCGUAGCCCACCCACAAAGGAGAGAUUGGAUGAGGUUAUAUCGCCACCAAACAGCCCGCCCGCCUCAUCACCAACCGCUGCGCCUUCUCUCACCCUUGAUAUCGGCUCUGGUGAAGAUUUACUACCGGACGGGUUCGGCAGAGUUGGAUUCAAGAGGCGCGGCGCAUCGUCUUUCGCCAGGCCUACCAUCACUAUCUCCCCAGAGCGGAUGUCCAAUACCAGUGUUUGUGUUUCACCACCAUACGAUGGUAAUGAUCCACUAAAGGAUGUCAUUGUCAGUCCGAUCUCGRGUGAGGAUCUGGAUACGACUAGCGAUGACAACACACUUGAAGACAUAUCGGAAGUCUUUGAGCGUGGUGUUCAUGCCAAAGAGAGCAAAUCCCUGAGACGGAUGAUAUCUCUCGACGCAAUGGCUGAGCGGUGUGUUUCAACUCCAGAUUCCGGCUCCCUGGCGGGAUACACCAGUUCAAGAAAAGUGUCGCAGAUCUGCUCGUCCAUUCGUCCAAGCUCGGCUUCUAGCAUGAUAUUCCGCCUGAACGACAUGGACCCGCCCAUUCUUCAGCCUCGUCGGUCGCAAGUACCCACAGUGCUUCUGGAUAGCCAGAGGGAUGGAAGGUGGAGGAGCGACGAUCCAUUCGCACCGGGUACUCCAUCCAUCAAACUACAUGGCCCGGAAGUCGAACUUCCUUUCCGUCCCAAGAUUGCGCCGCAGAAGCCCGCCAAGGAGCAGGAAGACGCCCAGGCAGAUCUUAGCAGUCUUGAUGGACAUGUUUUCACAUCGCGCUCGGCGGCCAUCAUAUCGUCGUCAUCUCCCGAACAGCACCGGCUCAGCCCGGCGGAGAAACACCGUUCUAUGGUUGUUGAGGUACUUGAGAUUGAGGAAAAGGACGGUGAGCUUGAUUCGGAUGAGGAGUCGUCCAGCAAGGAAAGUUCUCCAGGCCGACCGAUUCCCAACAGCCCUACAGACUCCAAUUGUGGGGUCAUUUCUGAGCUAUGGAACCGCUUGUGUCUCGAACGGGCAGAAUCUAUAUUUUCGGAGAAGAUCGAGCAUGAAGGGAGUGACUGUCCGUCCAACAUGGCCGAUACCUGCUCACCCCAACACAAAGCCACUUCUCUCCCCAUACACACGACCACACCACUUUCCGAGAAAAGUGAUGGUUCCGAAGGUGCAAUGUAUGAUGCUAUGGUGGACAGCUAUGAUUUACAGGUGGCUCUUGGAGGUGUCGACAUCGUUUGCGAUGAGAAGCUCCGGGCGUGGCUGGACGAAAGUGAUGACGAAGAUGAGAAUGAGUCGACCGCUUUCAGCCCAUCUACUAUCAAGAGCUGCGAGCAAAACAGAUUGAUGGAUGACGUUGACAGCGAUACCUCUGAAAGCGUCAAUGCAUCGUCUGKUUUAAAGACAGCAAGCCGGGAAUCUGUCCUAGAGACGAUGAGCCAAGAGAUAGAGGAUUCCCUGGAUGAAGCGCUGGACAUGUACCGCUCAUAUAGUGCGGAGAGUGAUGCAGAGACGGCCAAGGCGUUGUUGACUGCCAUGAAGAGUCCCACGGGUCCCGACUUGUCCAGGUCUGGUCCCUCGACGAGUCGAAAGCCAUUACCGGUGCGAUAUCGAUCUGUUCGUGGUCGGAAGUGA